UCAUUACUGGAUAAAUUAGAUAUCUGGAAAACAAAAUCUCAAAGUUGCACUUGUCAAGUUUGCGCAUUGGAAAACGUAUACUAUUUGGUUUAUAUAUUCACUAAUAUAAAUAAAUUGGAACAAAUUUGGGAGAAUGAAAUGAUACACGGAAACUGGAUAUGUGAAUUCGUAAUGAGACAUAGCGCAAAAAUUUCUGAAUUCUCGGAUUCUGCUUGUAAAAGAAAAGAUAAGUUCUUAACAUCAAUGAAUGCACCGCAAUUUUCGCGUUCAGUGGCUAAAGAAAAGGAUUUAAAAUCAAAUACUCCAAAUAUUAUUCCUCUGCAAUGUGCUGAUCUGCAAAUUUAUAAUGCUCGUAUACAAGAAAAAGAAAGAUUCACUAAGAGAGCUGAAAUCGUGGAUCAUCUAUCCGAGAGUAAAUGUUUCCAAACAGCAGCAGAAGAAGUGAUAAAUAAUAAAGAAGAAGUAGUAACUGUUGUACGAAAAUAUGGAUUUCACUCUCUAAAGGAUCGUGAGGCUUUGGAUAAAAGAAUUAAUAUAUUAAAGAAGAAAAGAAAAUACUUUGAAUUAAAACAUAAGAUUGAAGAGACAGUCGAGCUGACGUUGUAUCUUAGAUGCGGUUCGCCAGUUUCUACAUUCUCGAUGCCGCUGCAAGGCGCAAAGUCGAAAUGA